ACAUCAUAAUGUAGAAAUAAGAAACGUCAAUGGUUGCAAAAACUAACGCAGUAGUAAAACAAUUGAGUGAUUUUUUUAGAUAUAAUUAAUGAAAAGCUUUGCAAAAAAAAAGAAUUUAAACGUGGAUUUCUGAACUGACUAGAUAGUGACAUCGAAAUGACGAAAAUGUCGUAGUGUGUGUCGAAGUUGGUAGUUUGAUAAACGGCAACAAAAAUUGGAUAUGGAACGCAAUGGAUAAACUUUUCAUUGUGGAAAAACUGGUGGAAAUGAGUAACUGAGGGGGGUUUUGAUAUUAAAACAAAGCUAUUUGGAAGAGGUGGAGAAAUUAAAAAAUCAAACAAGUGUUGUGAAAAUGAAGAAACUUUCUUCAAUGAUACAACAAACGCUUGCAUUAGUUUUACUAGCUCUAAUUGUGUUUGGAACCACACCCGGUCGAAUUUUACAAGUCUCUGCAGCUGCUAAUGUUCAUCGAGAUAAAGGAAGUCUAUCGACAGAUUGGGAUGAUCCUUUGGACGAGGAGGAUGGGUAUUGUGCACCUUACAAUGGAAAAGUAUGUAAAUCAUUCAUAAGCAGCCGUCAAGUAUGGUAUAGUAGGGCGGAUGGAACAGGUGGCUGGGAAAACGAGAAGAUUGCAGCAGCUUUGUUUCGCGAUUUGAUAAACGAUUUGUCGGAUUACUGUCGACCAGCUGCUGAGAAAAUGCUUUGUGCAUACGCCUUUUCUCAAUGUGUUAUUACCGAUGGAGUAACAAUUCGUUUACCAUUAUGCUAUGAAGAUUGUGUGGCCACUCAUCUUCAAUUUUGUUAUAACGACUGGGCACUUAUCGAAGAGAAGAAAGAGCGAGGUGAUGUCAUUAAAUCGAGAGGACACUUUCGGUUGCCGAAUUGUGAAGAGCUUCCUCGAUACAAUAAAAGUGCAUCACAAACUAGCUGCACUCAUGUAGGGCUAACGGAAUUGGUCCAGUCAGAUGUAACUUAUGACUGCCGCAUGGGGAACGGGCAACAUUAUUUGGGUACAACGAACGUAACCGCAACUGGUAUCCCGUGCCAAAAAUGGGAUUCUCAAGAACCACAUUCCCAUCAUAAGCCGCCGUUGGUAUUCGCUGUACUACAAGAUGCUGAAAACUACUGUCGAAAUGCAGGCGGAGAAGAACCGACACCUUGGUGUUACACAACCAACAAAACGGUUCGCUGGCAAGCUUGUGAUAUUCCACUUUGUCCUAACUCUACGGACAUCAGUGCCACCAAGAAGCCUGUAAACAUUGUAAUGGAGUCUGUAUUUACCCCGUCGAUGAUUUUCUUACUCGCCGGUAUCGGAUUCGUAGCUAUCGUGCUGCUUCAUCUGAUGGUGUUUCUCUGCUAUCGAAUUACCCGGUAUAAUCGUAGCCGCCGCCAAGGUACUGCCGGUUACAACACAACCUCGACGCAGGAUACGCAAGGUAUCGACAUUAACAAGCUACCCAAUAAUAUGAAUUAUCACCGAACAGGAGCCCAACUGAACCCAAAACUAGAGAAACUGGAGUUUCCUAGAAACAAUAUUAUCUACAUCAAAGACUUGGGACAGGGUGCGUUUGGACGAGUGUUCCAGGCGAAAGCUCCAGGACUGAUCGCCGGAGAAGACUUUACGCUAGUUGCAGUAAAAAUGCUUAAAGAUGAAGCCAGUCAGGAUCUGCAGGUUGAUUUUGAACGUGAGGCUUGUCUGCUCGCCGAGUUUGAUCAUCCAAACAUUGUCAAGCUACUUGGAGUAUGUGCCAUUGGUCGCCCCAUGUGUCUUCUUUUUGAGUUUAUGGCUCGGGGUGAUUUGAAUGAAUUUUUACGUCAAUGUUCACCUUUCGCUCAGCAAAAUCGGGCCGACAGCAUAAGUACGGAACUUUCACAUGGCGACCUUUUAAGUAUUGCGUUCCAAGUUUCCUCAGGGAUGGUUUACCUUUCAGAGCGAAAAUUUGUCCAUCGGGACUUAGCUACAAGGAAUUGCUUGAUCGAUGAUAACAUGGUGGUGAAAAUCGCCGACUUUGGACUCUCCCAUAAAAUAUAUUUACAGGACUAUUACAAGGGAGACGAGAACGAUGCAAUCCCGAUUCGCUGGAUGCCACUGGAAAGCAUCCUCUACAACAAGUACACUAUCGAGUCGGACGUUUGGGCGUACGGUGUAUGCUUGUGGGAGAUUUUCUCCUUUGCAAUGCAACCGUACUAUGGCAUGACCCACGAGGAGGUCGUCAAAUUUGUCAAGGAAGGCAAUAUGCUUAGUUGCCCUGAGAAUACUCCACUGACAGUGUAUGAUUUAAUGAGGAAAUGUUGGAGCAGAAAACCUGCCGAUCGACCAAGCUUUUCUAUUAUAUACCAAAAACUACAUCAGAUUCGUGCUGAUUUCGAGGGGAAACUGUUGUAGUCUACCCCCGGUUAUCAGCACUAUGCACGAAUUGCUCUGCAUUUAUGCACAGCACUGCCAAUUUACUGUAUGAUUACGCAUUUUGUUACUAGUUUAAAGUUGGGGACAUUUUAUUUUGUUUUUUUAACGUAAUUUGAGACUAUGAAAACUGAGUUUUCGACUGAUUUUUUUUAUUCAGAAAUUUUAAUAUUUUAGGAUAUUUCGUAUUUCGUGAAUAUCAACAAAUUUAGUUGUCGUAAGUGACUAUUGAAUACGACAGUAUUAUAAACGUUAAAGUACAACAAAUCACGCAGGAUGUAGGAACCCAUCAAAAUUUGUAAGGGAGUAAUAUUUUAUAUUUAAUUUGUGUUAAUCCGACUCACUCAUUAGAAAUAGUUAGAGUUCGAUAUUGGAUAUACGGCUUAACGAAUAACGAGUUAAAAAGGGAGAUGUGUUCUAGAUGGGUUCAGGGAAGACGCCUGAUGGGCACGAAAAUAUGAUUUGACUACGCCUUCUUUUGCGAAAUGAACAAUUCUAGGCCGCCAAUUAUAUUCAUGUGAUGGGAGACGUAGUGUUCCUCCUUUAGAGCCCCUUCCUCUAUUGUAUUUUGUUUUCAUUGCAUUUAUUACCAUUCCGAGUCGCAUACCUUCAUCUUUCAGUACGAUGUAUGUUUCCAUAAUAAUCUUAAAGUUAUGUGUCACAAUACCGUCCGAUUCGUAUUUCUAGCUAGGUCAUUCGUAAUGAGUGUUUUCCGGAUCGCUCGUUAGUCCUGUCUCAACUAGGAAUGGUACUCGGAAGGUAAAGUAUUGAAACCUAGGGUAUCGGGAUGCCAAAACUUUGGGUAUCGAUACAAGGUAUCAAAAGGCAAUAAAGUAUCGAUACCUCUAAGUAUCAAUCGCUGCAAUCAUUUCGAAAUAAAAUAAAAUUAUCGACUGUGACAUUAUUUUAUGAUGUACAGAAAGGUUUUUCCAUAAAUUUGUUGUGCCACUGGUAUACGUAUAGUUCUUGCCACACAGAUUGCAUUCGUGACUUUUGGUUCACGUCAAAGAAUUUCCGCAAGCCACUUUGUGUUGGAGCCAUGAUGAUUUCACAUUUCACUCAUUUUCUCAAAAAUUUUCAUGUCAUAACCUAUAUGUCGAUACACGGGUACACUAAAAGCCAAUUCCUAUUGAACAUUUAGGAGUUUUGUGGGUUUGUGCAAAAAGCACAUAUUUUGUUUCUAUUUCUACGGCUCAUCAGUGCUAAGCUUGCGGUUCAAAUUGAACUACUAAGCGCAAGAUGGCAGUUCAAUUUGAACUGCUUUAAGCGCUGAUGAGCCGAAGGCAAAACGUGAAUAAAUAGAAACAAUCCCUAUUGUUAUUACGACGGGACCAGGAAAGGACAGAGCGGAAGCACCAUGCUCGCGCAUGUAUUGGCAUGACGUGGGCUAGCCGUCGUUAAAAUGCGUACUCGAUCAUCUCGCGUCAACCCACAGGCACACUGAGAGAGAGAGAGUUCAAUGAGUGUGAAAAAUUGAAAUGAUUGUAUCCUCUGGGAGUAUGGUCUUUAUGUGCGUGUUUUGUUGAUGGUCUUCGCUUAUUUCACUCUUUUUCAGUGCACUUGUGGGGCGAAGCGAGAUGAUCGAGAACGAAUUUCAACGACGGCUAGUCCAUGUCAUACCAAUCCAUGCACGAGCCUGGCGCUUCAUCCAAUCCGAAGAAAAAAAAGUUCCAUUGGGGACGGAUAUAGCGGGAUGGGUUAGUCGAUGCCUUUCACGCAGCCCACCUGUGUUCGAUUCCCAACCCCGCACAUAGCCUUAGAAAGUUUUUCUGGCCCGAAGAGGCGAAUGACCUUAAGGUUAAAGCCUCUAUAAUUGAAACAAAAAAAAAUCCGUCGUAAUGGGAAUUGGCUUUAACCCGUCGCGAUACUGUAAGUAUCGAGACCAAAAGUAUUGAUACUAACAGUAUCGCCCUGAUGCGAUAUCGAUAAUAAAAAUAUCCGAUUCUUGAAAGAAAGUAUCGACUCGGUAUCGGACCUAGUCUCAUCAACCCCCCUUUCACGACUGAAGGCCAUCGAGGGAUUUUUUUGUUGUCUACCACCCCACAGAACUGACACCAGCGUCAGGUAUUUAGUUUUGCCUACGAUUGGGAUUUCGCACCUUGCUUAUUUGCACCCUCUCAUUCUGCUACUAACGUGAAAGGUGUUAGCACGUAGCCGACGUCGGUCAUCAUAAGACACUUGGGAAGGUAUGAGAUAGAGACUUGCGAGUGGCGACUCAACAUUUGACGACUAUCAUUUCCUCAAUUAGUUGUAAUACUGUGCCAUAUUUGCUGCUGCUCGUGCGAACCAACUUCGGCUAUACUGACCUUUUUGAUCGAUUUAGUUCAUUCCACUAACCGCUCAAAAAAAGUAAUUUUUGACAAAACUGAUUUUCACACACCUAGAUUCAAAUGUAAAGUCUUACGGUCUCGUACGAGAUUCCUGAAUUUGUUACUGAUCCUACUUCCAGAUUCCGAAAAUACAGGAUGUUUUGAUUUGUAGAUUUUGCUCGUUUACGCCCGAGCAAACAUUCCUGUUCGCUUCCUGAACAGCUUUUUAAGAAGUCGACAGUUAUAUUUACGGUGGUAUGAAUAAUAUGAGAAAGGCAUAAUUACACCGCUAGGUGAAUUAAAACAGGUUUUUGUAAUGAAUUUUAUCAUUGGGGCACCUUCUAAGUUGUCCAUACUUAUUUGAGCUCGAACAGUUGUUUUUGGAGAGCUGCACACUCGAUUUUACAAUUUACCAAUUCCCAGUGGGGAACCACGGUAUAGGAAUAAAUCAUGUCUCCAAUCUAAAAGUAAGAGUUUUCUUCAAAUGCUCAAGAAUCGUAACUACAUGAGAAUGUCUUAGGAACAUCUGUCGGUGACCACUCCAUACGUUUCAGAAAGUGAGUGUCAAACGCAACAGUUGAAUACAUAACCUUCAUCCGACAAGUUCUUUAGUUCUUAUGAAACCGACAUGACAGUCCUUCGAUAUCGAAAGUAACUUUAUCUACUAGCCUCGUUAAGCCUCAGACGAUCGAGUCGACACGAACGCAUCCGACCCAUCACUGCGUCGAUGGUUCCAAGAUCUUCUGCAGAGUUUCCUAACUCUAACAAAUUCAGCAUUCCACUCGCACAAUUUGAAUUGGACAAGCUUCUUCGUACGUUGCUACUAUGAGUAAGUUGGUCUCAUCUACAUCAUUAUUCAAGUCAAUUCCGGUUUCAAGUGUUGGUUAAUACCUGUAAAAUCUAAUCGCAAAACCAUCUUCAUAGAGGUCCCAGUUUCUAGAUCUGGGAUUACGAUAUGUAAAAAUAUCAAAUUUAAGGUUCAAAUGAUCAAAAAAUAUUUACCUAUGAUCAAAUAACGAAGGUUCGAGCUCAUCGGGGACGAGUCCAUAUACCAACUCAUACGAAACUAUUUGAACAGAGAGUUACCUCCAAAACCCUUCUCUCUUCUAGAUUUCGCAAAAGUAGGACGAUUUCCUGCAUUGACUGUGUGCAUAUUUGUACUGCUCACAAAUUCCAUCAUAUCAGAACCUCUCGAAUUUAUAUCUGUGCUGCCUCAAAUGAUAUGGUGAGCAUUGAUGUCACUGCCGAUAAUAAGCGGUAAUUUACUUUUGCAGCACUACGGAGUGUAUCGAAAAUAAGCUAUCCACAAAUUUUUCUUUCAAAUUAUGAUAAUAAACGAUAUUUUAUUUAAACUAAAAAUUGAUCCUUUAUUGUACGAGGUUAAACUUGAGCAUAAUAAAAACCAGGUGAAAUUAAAGUUAUUCCUCCACGAAUUUUCGAACUUUUGUUCGAACGCUCUUCAUGAAGUUCCGGACAAGUGUUGCAUCGCAUUUUUUGGACGCUUGAGCCCAAAUUUUUUUGAACUCCUGCAUGUUCCCAGCUGCCUUACAAGUCUUCUUGAAGACCCCCUUCACGAUUGCCCAGUAACGUUCGAUGGGUCGAAGCUGAGGGCAAUUUGCUGGAUUGAUAUUUUCUCAACGAAAUUUAUACCCUUUUCCGCAAGCCAAUUGAUAGUGGUUUUGGCAUAGUUAGCCGAUGCUAAAUCCGGCCAAAACAGUGAAGGUGUUUGUAAAGUAUUCUGAACCUGGAAGGGUUUUGAGUCCUCCUUUACAUAAGUCUCAUCAUCCAUCAAAACGCAAGCAACCGGACACCGCAAACGACGCGAAUACAAUUUCCGGGACCUUUUUACAGCUCGCUUCUUCUGUUCUACACUUUAUUUCGAGAUUUUCUGCUCCUUGUAGGUCUUCAGGUAAUUUCGCCUCUUGAUACGCUGGAUCAUUUCGACACUCGUUCCUGCUUUUUUUUGGUGAAAUCACGUAUUGACAUUGAUUUGUUCUUCAUGAUUAGAGAUACCACUUUCUGGUCCUGUUUCGGGUUGGAAGAGCCGGGUUUUCUGCCUCUUCCUGGUAGCUCAUCCAAAGAAUGAUGUGCCCCAAACUUAUUAAUGAUGGUUUUAACACUGGCAUGAUGAAUUCCAAACCGCUUCGCCAAUUUUAAUACCCUUCUCACUUAGCCAUUUGUCCAGAACCUUAUUUUUCACUUCCUCUUCAAGACGCGACAUUUUGAAAACGCAGAAUUUCAACCGCACAAACAAGUAAACAAACGAAAGCUGACAGCCAAACGCACAGCAUGCUGUGAUCUGAGCAUAAAAACCAUCACAAAUACAUGCGUACAAUACAAAUGUAUGUGGAUAGCUUAUUUUCGAUACACUCCUUAUGAUACAACCUUUUGAGGACAUCGCUUGGAGAAGGUUGGUCAUGCGGUAAAUAUGCCAAACAAUAAACAUAUUUCCUGUCUAUGCCACCAGUAGGCAGACCAACUGAGACAGCACAUAUAUCCCGAGUUGUGAGAGAUACAUCGAGAGCACUUUUUGCAAGUAUGCAUGCUUUCGAAAAUUCCUUUCGUUCCUUUCUUGAUACAGACUGUCAAACCUCAAAGUUCAAUGUAUAGCUAUGUAGGUUAUUUAAAUGUUACUAUUUUCUGAAACAAUUAAAUUUAGGGAAACGGCACGUUUAUUCAUCUCAGCCCCACUACUCACCUCAUAUAUUGAAACCAAUCGUUAACGUGAAUUCUACUUUCUCUGGACGAUGCAAGAAUAAUGGGGAAUAUUGAAGCUUUUAUUUCGAAUUUUCACAUCGCUAUUACAGCAGUAUAGCACAUUUAUCGAACUAUUUUUCUGUGAUAUUGCUUCUUAGAACUAAAGCGCCGAUUUUAUCACAAUUCGUUGAUUGGAAGUCAAGUAAUCUACAAAAUAACGUGACAUCUUUACUAAUGAAAUGACUAUAACCCAAAUGUUGUACAUGUCGCUCAAAAAGUUCUAUGCCAUUUAAUCAUUCAUCCAGGUUGUUUUACACAAAUCAAUACUCCAUUCAGCCUGUGUGAUUUGAAUUCUAUCUGUCUUUGUUCGGAGUUUUGGAUAUCAUUUAAGUUUUACCUUACCUACGUUAUUCAUUGUAUUAGCGUUUAACGAGACUGAUCAUAAACCAUUUAGACCAAAAUAUGAAAAUUUUCUCCCAAAUGUUUGAAAAUCAAUGCACUGGGCUUCAAUUUAUCAAACGAUCGAAAUACAGUACGUGAAAUUUUACAUUCGGUUGAAAUAUUUCUAGUCGAUCGAAAUAUAGUAUGAUUGUUGCAAAUUCUUUCCACCCCGCUUCCCUCUCACCUCUCGCGACUGUAAAUUUUUAUGAAUCUGAUUGGUUUAUGAAUAGACUCAACUUACCACCAACCACCCAACCACGACAAAUAGGGUUUCACUGCAUCCGUUUUAUGUUGUUUUAAUCCUGAUUUCCAUUAUUCAUCACAACGGAGCAAUAUAGAUACUAUUCUGCAUAUCGAUGGAUGUUUUUGUAUAAGAUAUUAGUUUUAACGAUACGAACUGAACAAUAAUUGAAGAAUCCUCUCUGUAUUGAUAUAUAGUAAUACCGAUUAAUAUCUUAAACUUGUAGUUCAAGUAAUAAUGGUUAUACUUUUUAUCUGGAUAUUUAUUUGAUGCACUGUUUGUGGUAGCGGAAUAAACCAAUUAUAUAAUUUCAAAUAGUAUUAUAUAUUUCAAUAGUUAGUUAUUUUGUUAAUUAUAGUACCAUGCUCCAAGUUUCAUAAAGUUGCAUCAAAACGCUACUCCAUUUCCAGCCGAAUUCUAACACCAUUUGCCUGUAAAAACUGACAAACAUGAUUGCGAUUUCACCAUUAAAUAAAAUAAAUUGUCACAAUUUUCGUAACAUUGGUUUUGUUACUACAGACAACAGCAGUCCCAGAAUGCGUUUUGACUUUGUAGUAUGAAAAUAGCAUAAUGUGCAAUUGUUGCAGUCUACACACAUUUUUUAUUUCGAUAUUUCCUAUGAUAUUCAAGCACAGGAAAAUUUAACGAUGUUAGAUGAUCUCGAAUGUAUGCACAGGCUAGUGUCAAAUUUUUUUUAUAAAAAGUUACCUCGAGAAAAAAGACAGCCGUAUAAGAUUGAGGUGGUUAUGUUACACCUCCAUUUCGCAUGUCAUUUACCCGCCCCCAUUGUACAAUUUAUUCAAGCUGAUUGAUUAUAUACUCUCCUAGAUCAUACAGUUAAUGGGUAAACCGACUAAACUUAUAAAACAAAUCCAGAUACAAAAACGAUUAAACAUAGUACGAAGCAAUUUUUGUAUAGCUAGUAAGAGUGCAGCGCUAUUUUAUGUAACAAAAAGUGACGGAUAGCGAUAAUAAUAGAACAUGGAGCAUGAUUUGAGAGAGUAUUACAUUGAUUGAAAAUACGAGUAUUUUAUAUGACUUAUCCACAUAACUGUCUCACCUUUGCUAUUAAUAAGAUAAACCCUGGUUCGAGAAAGUAUAAUAAAAAAUCUGCGAACGAACUGCAAGAAACGAGGCGAAUCCAAAGAGACCAUUCGAUAGUUUUAAGCAAAUCAGAAAAAAAUCCAUUGUAAAAAAAGUGAAAAGUGUUCUAAUGAUAUAGAAUAUACAUGUGUUUGACCACUCAAACUAUAGUAAACUUUUAUCAGAUACAUUAUAGAUAUCCUUGGAGUCCAGAACAUGGAAUAAAUAUUCUUAUUUCAGA